CGCCCUCACGUCCCACUUCACUUUCACUCACCGAACCACAAUCCUCCAUUCUUUGUCUCCGUUUUCUCGCUCCAGAUUCGAUCGGGACGGCUAAAACACACGAUGAACAUCUUAAGAUUUGCAGGCGAUAUGACACAUUUGAUCAGCAUCUUAAUGCUGCUCUUCAGAAUCUCUGCUACCCAGUCCUGCUCAGGGAUUUCAAUGAAGACUCAGGAGCUAUACUUACUGGUGUUUUUGGCUCGGUUAUUUUUACCUCUGUACCACACAAUCGUGAAGUUAGUGUUCAUUGCGAGCUCUCUUGCUGUUGUUUCGUGCAUGAGAGAGCAGCCGGCCCUGAAGCGUUCCUAUGACAAGGACUUUGAUUCAUGUCGCCAUGACUUUCUUAUUGCGAUCUGCUUGUUUUUGGCAUUAUUGCUUUGUGAGAGGUUCGCACUCCAAGAGAUCUUCUGGACAUUUUCAAUAUGCUUGGAGGCAGUUGCGAUACUUCCCCAGAUAGUUUUGCUGCAAAGAAGUGGAGACGUGGAUAAUUUAAAUAAACAAUAUGUAUUCUCUCUGGGAGCUUACUGUGCUUUCUACAUUCUCUUCUGGAUCUAUUGCUAUUUCACUGAGCAGCAUUUCAGUCGAUGGAUAGUUGGCGUCUCUGCUAUUGUGCAAACAGCCCUGUAUGCAGAUUUUUUCUACCAUUACUACAUUUGCUGGAAAAACAAGAGAAUUAAGCUUCGGCAAAAUAUUUCAGACUUAGCAGAUGCUUUACUUUUGGGUGGCGUGCUGGCCGGUGGUGCACUGGCUGUUGGUGCAGUGGCCGGCGCUUACUUUUGUUCAAGAAGAAACAAUGCGCUAAGAAACUGAAUGGUUUAUAGUUCUUGCAGUCUGAGCCCCCUCUUGUAAUGUUGAUGGAGCAUUGCUUGUGAAGCAGGUUUGUUUUAGUAGAAAGACAAGUGUAUGGGCUAGUUUACUAGGGGCUUUGUACAGUAUUUGUAAUCCUGUGAUGUUGAUGGAGCAAAGACGUUAAAUAUGCUUUGUUAUUUUGUUUUUUUGGGCCAACAAAUAUGCUUUGUUUAAAGUGCCAUCUUUCGAAAGAAAAAGUAUGGAGAAUU